GGCUGCGAGGGCCGAGGGGCGGCUGGGGGCAGCGGAGCUUACAUUUCUAUUAGCCGGUAGCACCUGAAACUUGGAAAGCUGAGCGCAUAGGUGCCAUCAGAGGUGGCGGUGUCAGGGCAGCAGCAUCGCAAGCUGAGGAGAGCCUCGCCGCCAGAGGCGUGUCGUGAUCCGUCUGUGUGCUGGUUUGGGUGACACAGGACUAAUUUCUCUUCUAAUGCUUGGGGAAACUGCAGUUUUAGAAGACUCUAGUGUCUGAAUUUGUGAAAAUACUUACUUUAUAGCCAGCUAUAGUGCGGGUGUUUCAAGGUCUCACUGUUUUUGAGCUCGCCAGGGAUGAGGAGGAGCGAGACCCGGGCACUUGACCCAAGCUGCCAACAGGAUUAUUUCAUACCAUGGAUAUCACGUUCAAUGUAAAUUAGAAAGUUUGCUGCGUAGCGCCCUCUAUUCCUUGAUGGCUGCGAUCCUGAGAACUUCUCACCCUGGUGCCAGAGCCCUGAGCCCUUCCCUUCCUCCCGAAGCCGCAGCGCUCGCAGAGUCCCACAUUGGCUGUCCCCGGCUGGGAGUGCAGAUAGAAUGGGCUGGGUAUAGUCCUUGUAUAUUGGAAUUAGGAUCAAUAUGGUUUCUUUAGUGUUGUUAUUUUACUUAGUCUUAUCCUAUUAAAUCUGUUUAUAUUUCAACCCUUGGGUUUCCUUGUUUUUCCUCGAUUCCCCUUCUCAUGUGGGGAGGGGUCAUCAGUUGACAGAGUAAUUGCCUAAAUGACAAUAAAUUGUUGUGGGUUUCUUAAACCAUCACAGCCUGCCAAGGCCUCGCCCUGCAGGGGCCACUUACUCAGCCACAAAUCCUGUGUGUGAGACCCAGGAUUUAGUCUGCGGGGCAGAAUGUGCUGAAACUCAGGCAGGGACAGUGCGACAGUGUCCCCGAGGUAACCCAGAGAGGUCGUUGUAGCACAGAGCCCAGCGGCCAUUCUGGGAGUUGGAAAGGUUAAGUGAAAAGUCCUCAAGUGUUUUGGCAUGUCUUGUGUCAAAUACGGUGCUUCAGCAGCAUUUUGCAUGCUGAUUAUUUCAGUAUAAUGCUGAGUACAAACUUCAAACUCUGUAACGGUGGAAAAAAAAUCCCACAUGGAUUUAAAUAAUCUAUUUCAGUCUUGUGCCUUUGUACUUUUGUUAUGCUAUGAAAGAAACAGAGUUCCUUGCUGAUUGUUUUAAGAGGUAGACUUGGAAGAUGUAUUUUUACAGUGUGCUUUCCAACAGGGACUGCAUUUUUUUAAGUGAAUUUAUAUAAGCAAUAAUAUGCAAGCUAUUCAGAUUUCAAUUUUUACACUUGAACUUAAAAUAUGAUUCAUGCCUUUUUGAUUAAGGGGUUUAUAUGCCUUUAUUUGUAACUUGUCUUAUAAUAUACGUGAAAUAUACAAUUCCAUCAAAAAUUAUUUUGCUGAUUUAAAACUAUUUUCUUAGAAUUGUAGCAGGGGAAAAGCAAAUUCUUUCAAAACAUUUGGGGCAUUUAUAUCCACUUUGGUAAAAGGUUUCGCCGCCGCCAGUGAAUUGAACUGAUGAUUUUUUUACUAUUUUCUGUGUGUUCCAAUAAUUCUCUCUCUCUCCUCCCCCCCCCCCGGACUACAAUUCCCAUGAGGCCCUGCGGCGCGGCGGCUGCGCGCGGGGGUCGCCGGGACGGAGGCGGGCGGUUCAAGGCGGCGGGAGCCGACAUGGAGGAGAAGCUCCAGCGGAUUGCCUUAUGGCUAAAGAAAAUAUAUAAGAAUCAGCCUAUUCCAGCAUUUGAAGCGAAUAAAAGGACAGUUGAUAUCUUGUAUGACCUUGCAGAGCGCAAUGAAGCUAGAGAUAGGGAUGUUUCUUUGCUGAUAGAGGACAUGAUGCAGAAGGCAACAGAAUAUGAAGCAGAAGCUAAGUAUCUACAAGGCCUUCUUGGAGAAAGCCUGGCUCUUUCCCCGUCUAGUCUGUCCAGCAAAGGCACCAGCUACCUCGAUGUCCUGGUAAACAGCGCAAUGAUACUUGAAACAAAGGACACUUCUCUUGUCAGCUUCUUCUGUGCCAUCAAUGAUAUGACAUCGGAGCUGUAUGCAACAGAAUUAAAAAACAGGCAAAUGGAACUGGAAUUGAAGGACAGGAUGAAAAAAUUAACUGGAGCGCUGAUGCUGGAAAAGCAGAUACGGGAGGAUCUUGAAAAAACAGAGAAAUACCUGGAACUCGAAAUGUCCAAGGCUGAAUAUCAAUCCCAGAAAAUAAAGUUCCUGACAGAUAAAUCUAAGGAUUUCAAAGUCAGGAUCAAGGCUGCUGAGGACCAGCUUACUGCCACAGGGCUGCACAAGUCGCUGACACACGAGUCACUCAUGAGCCUGUCUGAGGAACUGGCUCAACUGCAGCAAGAAACUGCGCCUGUGAAGAAGAAACUGCAGUCCUACUUAGACUUACCUCCUAGUCUUUCUCUUGCAAAAGUGAAGAUUGAAGAAUUAAAACAAGAACUGAACACCAUGGAGGCACAGUUCUCAAAGCACAUUGACUCGCUGACUCUUGAGAUGUUAGAGACCAGAAAAUUCCAGUUCACCUGAAGUGGCCUGCGUGGAAGAAGAUUUCCCUUCUAUUGUCUGUUUGUUUGCACUAGCAAAUAGCACAUUUUGGACUUUCUACUGUACUUCUGCCACUUUCUGCCUUGCUUUUCUUGCUGUUGGAUGGUACAGUUGUGACCUUCCAGCAAGCACACUCACUUUUAGGGGUUCAUGUAGCAUUGCAUUUGUAAAAAUCACCUGUUUUUCAUAAAAUAAUCACCAUGCUUACUUGUUUUCUUUAGCUGUUUUUU